AUGUCAGAACAGUCAGAAGACGCGGAGGACAUUAAACCGACCAUGUCAACGGCACCAGAUGAUUGUAUGGAGUCGGAUCCGAUAAAGGAGAUAAACUUCCUUCUGGCAAGUAGUAAAAACAUGAAAAUCGAAGAGACGCCCGUCUUCAAUAUCCGACUAAUUGCCGAAGUGAAAGCGCGUCCAUUUCUAUACGAUCAAUCAGAUGAAGGAUAUAAUCUGCUGUCGUGGAGGAACUCGGCAUGGAAUGAGAUUGCUGAAAAUUUGGAGACCACUUCUGAGCAUGUGAAAACGAGAUGGAAGACGUUGAGGGAUCGAUACAAGAAGGAAGAGAAGAAGGAACGGAUAUCCAAGAAACCAUCUAGUUGGGUAUUCCAGCGACCCCUCAAGUUCAUUCAAGCACAUUUGAAAGAUCGACACACCGAUGAGACUGACUCCAACCCUUCCUCAGACCACUCUGUAAAACAAGAAUCCGGUGGUCCUGGCCACGUGUCACCUAUGGAAGCAGCCAUGUCUUUCAUUGAAAAUGAACUGAUCAGAACCCAGGAGACCAACUCAUCCAAGUCUUCAACUGAUGUGGAUUCAAGCUCCGCCUCCACCGCCUCAAGUUCUUCAUCCAAAAACACGGGAGGAACUCAGGAAAGAGCAGAUGGGAAUGUGGUGACACCUCCACCUCUGCCCAUCCCAAUGGCCGUCACACCUUCUCCAUCAGCCACGUCAUCAGCAUCACACAACGGAGUGGGACCAGCAGUAAAGAGAAGUCGAGUCUCGUUGACUGAUGGAAUGACGCCAAUAUCAUCUCGAAACGCCGCCGUCGCCGCUGCAACAAGUCUCGGUCUCUCAUUCCUACCCGGUCUUUCACAAUGGGGAACGACACGAGAAGAAGAAGAAGAUGAGAUAUUCGCGAGAAUGAUUUCUAUCAAAUUGAGUAAACUCGACGCGAGAACCAAAGAAGUCGCCAAGUUACAAGUACUCAAAGCGAUAUUUGAUGCCCAAUUUACGACUCCGCCCACUACUUAA